AUGGCAAACGACGGGACUAUGCAAGCGGUCGUCUUCAAGGGGAAACUCGAGGUUGCUGUCGAACGAAGACCGAUCCCCAAAAUUCAAGACCCAAAAGAUAUCAUCAUCAAAGUCAGAUAUACUGCUCUUUGUGGGAGUGAGCUUCAUGUUUUCCGUGGUCAUCAACCUUCGCCCACCGGCUUUAUCAUGGGCCACGAGUUCACUGGAGAGGUGGUUGAGACAGGAUCGGACGUCAAGUUGGUCAAGAAGGGGGAUUUGAUCGUCACGCCCUUCACCGUCAACUGUGGAGAGUGCUUCUACUGUAAGAAGGGGUUUUCAUCACGAUGCGAAAAAUGCCAGCUCUUUGGUUGUGCCGUCCUCGAUGGCGGUCAAGCCGAGUAUUGUCGCAUUCCUCUUGCGGAUGCGACUGUCGCAAAAGCUCCACCAAAUAUCGAUGAAAAGAAGCUGGUUCUCAUGGCAGACAUCUUCCCAACUGGAUAUUUCGCUGCCGCGAAUGCUUUCCGCGGGUUUGAUCAGGAAACCAUCGAGUCCAGCGUCGUCGUGUUGAUCGGUUGCGGGCCGGUAGGACUCUGUGCUUUGGUAAACGCACUGGAAUAUAAGCCCAAGGCCAUAUUGGCAAUUGAUGGUGUAGAGGAUCGACUAGCACUAGCAAAGAAACUCGGAGCCGAGCCAUGGAAUUACCUCAAGGACAAGGAGGGGCUGAAGAAACGCGUUCUCGAGCUCACGGAUGGACGAGGUGCCGAUACUGCCAUUGAAAUCGUCGGGCAUAGCGACGCCCUUGGAAUGGGAUUCGAACUGCUCAGGCCUUGGGGUAAUAUUUCCAGUGUGGGUGUACACAACGGUGAGAUUCCAUGGACAGGGAAUCAGGCGUACGGCAAGAAUUUGAGGAUCCAGAUGGGUCGUUGUCCAGUACGAAGUCUCUUUGAAAAAGCUUUGGAUAUGUUGGCGAAGAAGCAAGAUCAACUUGACUUUAUGAUUGAAAACAUCAAACCCAUGUCGGAAGCGGUGAAAUGGUAUGAUGAGUUCAACAACAUGAGAGUUCAAAAGAUUGUGUUCGAAGCCGACAAGUAG